CAUGCUAGAAAUACCAUCAAUUUUAUAAAAAAAAAAUAUUAACACAUCACAUAAUUAACAAUAUGUUCUGCAUUGUCACCAAAGAGUCCUAAAAACUCCCGGCAGCAGGGUUAAGGUGAAAUGUUGGGCAUAUUUCGUAAAGUUGUAAAGUUGAAGAGAGAGAGAUGAGUGAGAAAGCUAGAGAGAGAGGAGCCGCCGGCGGUGAGAAAGCGAAAGAGAGAGGAGCCGCCGGUGGUGCGUUUGUGAGAGGCGCCGUGGGGGUGAGCGAUAGGGGUAGGGUUUUGAGUUCACCUGGUUCGUUUGGUUGUGAUCGCAGGUUACAGGCUUUCGGGUCCGGUGGCGGCAGUGGUGGCAGCAAGGAAGGAUGUUCGAGAGAGUCGUGGUUUGGCUGCAGGCGGGUUGUAAUCCAAAAGGAAGAAGCGGGCAAGGCUGCGUGGUAUAGAAUGCAGGUCGAAGAAGGCUCUAAGGGAUGGUUCAUUCUUCUCAAUGAAGGGCAUCUGUCCUGGCUUCAAGGAGUCCUUCAAACGGCGGUGAUGAGGGGGUGGCAGUUCCCAAGUGGUUGUGUCAAGAAGUGUGGCGACAGGUUGAUCCACGUUGGAAAGAAAUAUGUGGGUUCCAGGCUUUAUCUUCAGAUCUCGGAGCAGGUGAUGAACGGCCGUUCCUUUAAGGUCCUCGUCCCCCAGUCGGAGCAGGGGAGAGGUUGGGCACAACUAAUUUCAUUGCUACAGGACUUUUACCACUUUGAGAAAAGGGGUUGCCGACAAUCUGAUGCUCCCGAUUGCAGCCCUCCACGACAGCAGGUUCUUGCAGACACGACGAAGAAAACCUAUGCCGAGGCCGUUAAGAACAGGGGAUUUUAUGGAGCGGGUCGUUGCAGCAUAAGAGGUAAAGGCGCAGACCGCUUCAUUGAUAUUGAAGACGUCGGGGUGUCAGAGAGAUGUGAACUGCUGGGUAGAAGCUUGAUCAUUACUUUUAAGCCGACAGCUGGGGAGUGUUUUGUCCGGGACGACGCUAAGGACUUCAAGCGAUGGGCGAAUCGGCAUUGGGCCACCGAUGACAAUUUCGACUGGCACUAUUUUGACAACGGGAAGUGGCUUCUAUCAUGCCCAAGUGUUCAACACGCUGUCCGCAUCAGAGGCUUCAAUCAGUGCUCCUUUAAAAAUUUCAAUAUCCUCAUCUCGUUUUGGCCGGAGGAGGGUCAGAAGGAUUGGUACGAUGAUUCUCAAUGGAUUUUGGUAUUUGGGAUCCCGCUUCAUCUGAAAAGCAUCGAUCUUAUUAAUUUGAUCGGAAGAUUUUGUGGCAAAUUGUUAGAGGUCGAUUGGAAUCACUGGUCCGCGGACUUCAUUCGCAUUCGGGUGAGAAUGAUCGAUGAGCCGCCGUCGACCAUCCCUGUUCGGUUCGCCGGGGAGCGGUUCUCGAUCCGAAUCAUCACGGCGCCGAUGUCCGCUCAGAAAGGGAGACCCGCCUCGGAAGCCGAUUCAAGCGGGGAGUUGAAACGCCUUGCAUCGUGCAAUGCCCCCAUGCAUCCAAUGCAAGGCCACAUGUUGAAGCGACCGAGGGUGAAUCAAUUGGUGGAUACCCCGAGGCGUGCUGAUUCUCUUUCGGCGGUGGGACCCGGCCAACAGCAGCUCACCGAUAACGUCAACUACUUCGCAGGGCCCAGGCGGCUUGGGAGGAAAAUAUGGGUCAGGAAGUUCGGCCCUAUCAACCGCCCCCCUCUGGGCCUUUCACGGGGGUCUGCUUGUGUGGAGGAGGACUGGGCCUUGUACAGGCCUGGGCCCACGCCUUGUGUGCAGGAGGUCAGUGUGAAUAUGCUUAGGUCCGUGUACCAGUUGUUGUCCAGGCCCGGGCCCAGAUUUAACCCUGCUGUGGACGAAUUGGGUUGGCUUUGUUCGGUUUUCAUUCCAGGGGUUAGACCCGCUAAUUCUGUUGCUCCAAUUCGCAACCUUUGCCCACCGUUUUGUAUUAUCUCUUUUGGUCUAACCUCACCUUCUUCCCGAUCCAUAUACUCCGAUGACCCAUCUGUUCCAGUCCCCCUGGCCAUUACCUCUCCUCCCUCCUCCUUUCACAGUCAGUGCUCAGAUCUAACCAGCCCGCCUUCAUCCCCCGGUUCGCAUUUCGCGUUGAGUUCCAGCUUCGGGGAUUUUGAUUUUCCUUCCCCCUCGUGCGUUCCGGACAGUCAAGCUAGGGUGGGAAGUCAAGACGAUUUCCCCUUUGACGCAGCAACUCUCGUGGCCACCAGCAUUGAAUUGAGCAGUUUAUUCAAGAUUGAAAUGGAGGGUGGAGCGGAUAAUGUGGUGAAAUUGAUAGAGAAUACCGCCAGGGAAAUGCAUCAGAGAAAAGUGCGCCAACCCAGGUCCAAACUUGAAAUGGAAAGACACAGACUAGGAUUGAUUGAGGUGCCAGUUUCAGGUGAUCGCAGGAGCCGCAGAAGGGGUGGGGAUGAACAUGCUGAACCAGUAUAAUGGAGUGCUCUGUGAUUGUGUGGA